GGACAUAAAACCGCGGUGCUUGCCCUGACGAGCUGGGUGCAGAGUGCCAGCUCGGGCCCCGCGUUGGAUUCCACUUAGAUUUUGGAAGGUUUCACUGCAUGGUGGUGUAAGUCUCUGGGAACUUGUACUUAACACACCACCUGACUGUAAAACCUGGUCUCCGGCGUCUCUUUCAUUUCUCAUCCAAGCUCCUGCAUGUCUAAUAUUUAGACAUGUUGCGCUUUGUGGACUCAAGGACUGUUCUGCUACUUGUAGCAUCCCAAGUUGUUUUACUAUCCGUGGUCAGAUGUCAGGAAGAGGAUGAUCAGGAGGCAGGUGGCUGUGUCCAGGAAGCCCAGCAGUAUAAUGAUAAGGAGGUGUGGAAGCCAGAGCCGUGCCGCAUCUGUGUGUGUGACAGUGGAGCGGUUCUGUGCGAUGAGAUACUCUGCGAGGAGGUCAAAGAGUCAUGCACCAACCCUAUCAUCCCACCUGGAGAAUGCUGCCCCAUCUGCCCUGCUGAUGCCACUGCCCCUUUUGAGGCGUUUGGUGCUAAGGGUCAGAAGGGAGAACCAGGAGAGAUUGCAGAUGUUGUAGGACCUAGAGGACCACCGGGCCCUAUGGGACCUUCUGGUGAACAGGGACCACGUGGAGAAGCUGGCGCAAAGGGCGACAAGGGAAGUCCCGGACCAAGAGGAAGAGAUGGCGAACCUGGCGUACCUGGCAACCCUGGACCCCCUGGACCACCUGGACCACCAGGUCUCGGAGGAAACUUUGCUGCUCAGAUGGCCGGAGGUUUUGAUGAAAAGGCCGGAGGUGCUCAGAUGGGUGUGAUGCAAGGGCCAAUGGGUCCCAUGGGUCCACGUGGUCCCCCUGGACCUACCGGAGCUCCUGGGCCACAGGGUUUCCAAGGUGCACCAGGAGAGACUGGAGAACCAGGCCCUGCUGGACCAAUGGGACCUCGUGGACCGCCUGGACCAUCUGGAAAACCAGGAAGUGAUGGGGACCCCGGCAAACCUGGUAAAGCUGGUGAACGUGGACCUGCAGGGCCUCAGGGAGCUCGUGGAUUUCCUGGAACACCUGGUCUUCCUGGAAUAAAAGGACACAGAGGUCACCCUGGUCUGGAUGGAGCUAAAGGAGAGACUGGUGCUGCAGGAGCCAAGGGUGAAGCCGGUGCAGCUGGAGAAAAUGGUUCCCCUGGACCAAUGGGCCCACGGGGUCUGCCUGGUGAGAGGGGACGCCCUGGUGCUUCCGGAGCUGCAGGUGCCCGUGGAAAUGAUGGCUUGCCUGGUCCUGCUGGUCCCCCUGGCCCAGUUGGUCCUGCUGGAGCUCCCGGUUUCCCAGGAUCCCCAGGAGCAAAGGGUGAAGCUGGUCCUACUGGUGCCCGUGGAGCUGAAGGACAACAGGGACCACGUGGAGAGGCUGGUACUCCAGGAUCUCCAGGACCAGCUGGGGCAUCGGGUAACCCUGGAACUGAUGGCAUUCCUGGAGCUAAAGGUUCUGCUGGUGCUCCUGGUAUUGCUGGUGCCCCUGGAUUCCCCGGUCCCAGGGGGCCACCUGGACCACAGGGAGCAACUGGACCUCUUGGGCCCAAAGGACAAUCUGGAGACCCUGGUCUUCCAGGGUUGAAGGGUGAAACUGGACCAAAGGGAGAGCUUGGCCCUGCUGGUCCUCAAGGGGCUCCUGGCCCUGCUGGAGAAGAAGGGAAGAGGGGUGCAAGGGGUGAGCCAGGAGGUGCUGGACCAAUCGGACCUCCUGGAGAAAGAGGAGCUCCUGGUAACCGUGGUUUCCCAGGUCAGGAUGGUCUUGCUGGUGCUAAGGGUGCACCCGGUGACCGUGGUGUCCCUGGUGCCGCUGGGCCUAAAGGAGCGACUGGAGAUCCUGGUCGUACAGGCGAGCCCGGCCUUCCAGGAGCCAGAGGUCUUACUGGUCGUCCUGGAGAUGCUGGUCCCCAAGGCAAAGUCGGAGCUUCUGGUGCUCCUGGUGAGGACGGUCGUCCUGGUCCUCCUGGCCCUCAGGGAGCACGUGGACAGCCUGGAGUGAUGGGAUUCCCUGGACCAAAAGGAGCUAAUGGUGAACCUGGAAAGGCGGGAGAGAAGGGACUUGUUGGUCGACCUGGUCUAAGAGGUCUACCUGGAAAAGAUGGUGAAACUGGUCCAUCUGGACCUCCUGGACCUGCUGGACCUGCUGGGGAGAGAGGAGAGCAAGGACAGCCUGGACCUCCUGGCUUCCAGGGUCUGCCUGGACCAACUGGUUCCCCAGGAGAGUCUGGAAAACCUGGAGAUCAGGGUGUUCCUGGAGAAGGUGGAGCUCCAGGUGCUGUUGGACCCAGAGGUGAGCGUGGUUUCCCUGGUGAGAGGGGUGGUGCUGGGCCUCAGGGUCUUCAAGGACCCCGUGGACUUCCUGGAACACCUGGAAGUGAUGGACCCAAGGGUGCUAUUGGACCAGCCGGUGCCCCUGGAGCUCAGGGACCCCCAGGUCUGCAGGGUAUGCCUGGAGAAAGAGGAGCCGGUGGUAUCCCAGGAGCCAAGGGAGAUAGAGGUGACAACGGACAGAAGGGGCCUGAAGGUGCUCCAGGAAAAGAUGGUGCUAGGGGUUUGACUGGUCCCAUAGGUCCUCCUGGCCCAUCUGGACCAAACGGUGCCAAGGGUGAAACUGGACCUACUGGUCCUACUGGUGCUCCUGGGGUCCGUGGUGCUCCUGGUGACCGUGGUGAGGUUGGUCCUCCUGGACCUGCUGGCUUUGCUGGACCUCCUGGUGCAGAUGGUCAGCCAGGUGCCAAGGGAGAGCUCGGAGAGUCUGGGCAGAAGGGAGAAGCUGGUGCUCCUGGGCCUCAGGGACCAUCUGGAGCUCCAGGACCAGUGGGCCCUACUGGUGUAGCGGGACCUAAGGGAGCACGUGGUGCUCAAGGAGCUCCUGGUGCUACAGGUUUCCCUGGUGCUGCUGGCAGAGUUGGACCUCCCGGUGCUAAUGGUAACCCUGGCCCUCCUGGUCCUGCUGGUCCUUCUGGUAAAGAUGGUCCAAAAGGUGUCCGUGGUGAUGCCGGCCCUCCAGGAAGACCAGGAGAUGCUGGGCUCCGUGGACCCGCAGGGCCUCCAGGAGAGAAAGGAGAGCCUGGAGAGGAUGGACCUCCUGGUGCUGAUGGUCCUUCAGGUCCUCAGGGUUUGGCUGGAUCCCGUGGUAUUGUUGGUUUGCCUGGUCAGCGUGGUGAGAGAGGCUUCCCUGGUCUCCCUGGACCUUCUGGAGAACCUGGUAAACAGGGAUCCCCUGGUGGUGCUGGUGACCGUGGACCACCUGGACCUGUCGGGCCUCCUGGACUCACUGGGCCUGCUGGAGAGCCUGGCAGAGAGGGAACCCCUGGAUCCGAUGGACCUCCUGGAAGAGAUGGAGCUGCUGGAGUUAAGGGAGAGCGAGGUAACACAGGUCCUGCAGGCGCCCCCGGAGCUCCUGGAGCCCCUGGUUCUCCUGGGCCAGUUGGACCCCUCGGCAAGCAGGGAGAUAGAGGAGAGCCUGGUUCUCAAGGACCUGCAGGUCCACCAGGAUCAGCUGGUGCUAGAGGAAUUGCUGGACCCCAAGGACCACGUGGAGAUAAGGGAGAGGCGGGCGAGCCUGGAGAGAGAGGACAGAAGGGUCAUCGUGGCUUCACCGGUCUGCAGGGUCUUCCUGGACCUCCAGGUCCUGCUGGUGAUGCCGGAGCCGCCGGACCUGCUGGACCAAGCGGAGCUAAGGGACCCCCUGGUCCAGUUGGACCUGCUGGUAAAGACGGGUCUAAUGGACAGCCUGGCCCCAUUGGACCUCCUGGACCUCGAGGACGUUCUGGAGAAACGGGCCCUGCUGGUCCUCCUGGUAACCCUGGGCCCCCUGGUCCUCCUGGUCCUCCAGGCCCAGGUAUUGAUAUCUCUGCCUUUGCUGGUUUGGGUCAGACUGAGAAAGGCCCUGAUCCUCUCAGGUACAUGAGGGCUGAUGAGGCCUCUAGCUCCCUGAGGCAGCAUGAUAUUGAAGUCGAUUCAACUCUCAAGUCCCUCAACAACCAGAUUGAGAAUUUGCGCAGCCCUGACGGCACCAAGAAGAACCCUGCUCGCUCUUGCAGAGACCUCAAGCUGUGCCACCCUGGCUGGAAGAGCGGUGAUUAUUGGGUUGAUCCUAACCUGGGCUCCACAGCCGACUCAAUCAAGGUCUUCUGUAACAUGGAGACUGGAGAGACCUGUGUCUACCCAACCAUUCCUAAUGUACCAAAGAAGAACUGGUGGACCAGCAAGAGCAAGGAACGCAAACAUGUCUGGUUCGGGGAGACAAUGAAUGGUGGCUUCCAUUUCAGCUAUGGCCAGGAUGGUCCUGCUGCCAACAUACAGCUAACCUUCUUGAGGCUUUUGUCCACUGAGGCAUCUCAGAACAUCACUUAUCACUGCAAAAACAGCAUUGCAUACAUGGAUCAGGCCUCAGGAAACCUUAAGAAGGCAUUGCUACUGCAGGGCUCCAAUGAUGUGGAGAUCCGCGCAGAGGGCAACAGUCGAUUCACAUACAGUGUGCUGGAGGAUGGUUGCAAGAGUCACUCAGGCCGGUGGAGCAAGACUGUCUUCGAGUACAAAACACAGAAAACCUCCCGUCUGCCAAUCGUAGACAUUGCUCCAAUGGACAUCGGAGGAGCAAAUCAAGAAUUUGGAGUGGAUGUAGGCGCCGUCUGCUUCUUGUAAAGUGGAGUACCCCAAUGGCCACCCCCCAAAACACAGGAAAUGACAACCAUUAAGAAACUGAAAACAUUCCACACAUUUUCACAAUAAAGGAGACUGGAAAUUAACAAAAAAAAAAAAAGAAAUUUUAUAAUUUUUUUUUCACAACAAAGUGCUCUCCAGGUUGUACUUCCUGGAUGUGAGCACUGAAGGGCAAGGGCAAUAUCUGUACACCAAACCAGCAUUCUCUGUCAACCCACUUCCUGAGAUCCAGUCAUGUUUCCGUGGCCCAACCGUUGAUGGAAAUUAGUCUGAGCCAGGAAGGAGGAAAGAGUGGGACCAAGAAACCAAGUUAUGGAGAAGAGAAACAUGACUUGAUGUCACUUAUUUAUUGUCUAAUCUAAGUGGGCAGAGUUGGGAUAGGACGGGACGGGCUCACUUUUGUACGUAACAGAUGCCUCCCCAAUUUCCACUACAGAACAGCUGCACAACUUCUGCCCCAGUCCUACGCCACCUCCCUCGUUGUUUUCCUCAUAAAUACGGCAUUUUGAAUCAGUGUAGACCUAACAAAAAUGUACGUCUUUUUAUUUCAUUCCCAGCAAGCUAAAUUUAUUCUUCUAUGGACCAGACAAUUAUGAGCAUAAAAUAAAAAAAACUUUACUGUGUAUAAUAAAUAUUUGGUUCUAAUGUUGUAAAAGUAUGUGUUUAUAAACAACCAGUUGGUUUUAUAUAUACAUAUAUAGAUAUAUCUCCACAUAAUAUGUUCCUAUAUGCACACCACUUUUUGUGGAAAGUGAGGUGUCAUGUGGGUUGUAUGAUUUCAUGCCCCGCACCUCUUAGCUACCCGUCAGAAGAAGCUCCAGCUUUCCUCCAAAAUGAAGAUUGGCUCUGUAGAACUGCUAGUGAAAUAAGUUCUGCCUGUUUCUCAUGUAGUCACCCAAAUUCUUUGAAGCUACCUCACAGUCCAAGACAAAAAAAAAAUGUGGAGCAGAAAUCUUAGAUGCCAACAACUUUUAGCUUUCAGAUGCUGAACAGCCAUCUUUGUUUUGGGUGGCUCUUUUUUCAUAAGGUGCUACGAGUCUCCCCUCUCCAACCCUCCCGUCCACUCAACUUUUUAUUGAUUCCCACUAGCCUCACAGCACACACUCACACUCCACCCUGGACGGAGGUGAGAAAGGAUGGACUCCCUGUGGACUCCAAAGCCUAACGGGACGCUGAGGACAGUAGCUUGCAAACAACAAACAACCAGGGUGGGCUGUCUCUAUGUGUGUGAGAGCAUGUACAUUUUUUUUCUUUUGAAUAAAUUUUAUUGUCUUUUGUUUGUUACAACGCUAAUUAAUGUAAAUUGGAAAAUAAAAGGAAAACCAAAUUCUGAA